AUGAGAGUUAGAGCUAAAUGGAACCUACUCAAGCAUCUGCUCGAUGACACUAAUACCAAGUCGAACCAAAGGCAAGUGACAGCGAAGGUUCUUCAGGAGGCAUCACAAUCAGAGACAGUAGUGACCGCACUUGAAAGACUCGCUCGCAAGUACCUGCCACUGGGCAGCUCGAGUGACGACGAUUAUCCGCCAUACAAAGGCUCAUCUUGCCCUGAGCGAGAUGACUCCUUCAAGUCAUGCGAAGUAAGGGAAGCCCUCCAGAACCUAAAUGGCAGGUCGGUCCCCGGUCCUGAUGGCAUCCCCAUCCGGGCCCCCAGAAACCUGGACGACGGCUCCAUAGAACGGUUGACAGAGGAAAUCAAUGGAAUGUGGGAACGAGGGGUUGUCCUGGAGUCCUGGAAAAUGGCCUCGGUCAUCCUCGUCCCAAAGCCUGAAAGGCCCCCGGUUCUCGCAAACCUCAGACCCAUUUCACUCACGUCCUGCGUGGGAAAGGUGGCGGAACAUGUCAUACACAACCGCAUCUCCAAGCACAUCGAGAAACAAGGAUUGUUUCCGUACAACAUGAUCGGCUUUCGUCCGGCCCUGUCAACGCAGGACAUGAUGAAGCUCAUCAAGUGUCAAAUCAUUGACAAUACCACCAGAGAUAUUAGAGGCAUCUUAGGUCUAGACCUGGAGAAGCCGUUUGACAACGCCUCCCAUGAGCACAUUGUGAACUCCAUCUCGGAGCUCAAUUUGGGAGAAGCCUUCCACAGAUACAUAAGCUCGUUCCUCCGGGAUCGCAAGGCCGCGCUCAAAAUUGGUGACCUCAAAUCCGACUAUUUCAGUUUGGGCCCCAGAGGCACGCCACAAGGAGCGGUAUUCUCCCCACCGCUUUUUAACAUUGCCACGAAGAAACUAUCGGAAAGGCUGUCCAACAUAGAAGGGAUCAGUCACACGCUCUACGCCGAUGACAUCACAAUUUGGUGCACCGGAGGAAGCGAAGCAGAUGUUGAAUUAGGCUUACAGGAGGCUGUAGAUCAAACAGAGAUGUACCUGGAAAGUACGGGGCUUAGAUGCUCCCCGAGCAAGUCUGAGUACCUCCUCUACAGUUGGUGUGACUGCAAGCUUAAUGAAAUUUUCAAUGCGUAUCAAUGCGCGCUUCACCUUCAAUCCGUGAUCGCCAAUCUCACAAUCUCGCGCAGGCUACACGACGACAUGUCGACCAUCGUGGUCAACUCCACGGGCAUCGUGGGCGUCUUCGGCCAUCUCAUUGCCAUCAACCUGGCUAUUCUGUUCCUCCUGCAUCCAUCGCUGCAGCUCUGGGCUAACUGUCGAGCGCUCGGCAAGAGCGGGCCCGUGGACGCAGUUUUCGGCAGCCUGUUCGCGCUGUUCCUGGGCUGCGUCACCGUGUUUCCUGUGCGCUACAUCUUCGUCAAUGAGCUGCCUCCUCUGUCCUCCUGCAUCCUCGCCUUCGAACAGGUACGACUACUGAUGAAAGCGUACGCGUACACGAGGGAGAUUGUUGGCCGAGUGCUCAAGCACGCGGAGCUGAAAGCGAAGAGUGAAAACAACCACGUGGAGCUGACGCUACCGGGACUAUCCUGCGUCCUCUACUUCCUCUUCGCGCCCACUCUGAUCUACAGGGAUUCCUAUCCCAGAACGCCCAAGGUUCGCUGGGGUGCCGUGCUGUGGUACACGGGCCAGUUCUUCGCGUGCGUGGCCAUGUAUUCCGUGGUGCUGAACCACUUCAUCAAGGACCUCUUCUGUGACGCCGGCAAGGAAGGGUUCCAGCUGUUGGGCUUCACGCUCACCGGUUGUGCCAUUAUACUGCUGGGCAGCAUCAGCAUGUUCCUCGUCUUCUACGGCUUUCUUCACUGCUGGCUCAACAUUUUCGCCGAGGCCAUGCGCUUCGGAGACCGACUCUUCUACCUGGACUGGUGGAAUAGCACUAGUUACGCGGACUACUACCGGUCUUGGAACUUGGUCGUUCACGACUGGCUCUUCAAUUACGUCUACCGUGAUGCCUACAAGGCCUUCAACUAUAACAAGAAACUGGCCAUGCUGGUUGUUUUCUUCCUGUCCGCCCUGGUUCACGAAUACAUCUUGGCUCUCAGCUACCGAUUCUUCUUUCCCGUCGUCCUGGUCGUCUACGGCACCCUCGGAGUGGCGCUGAUGUUUGCGACGAAAAAGAAGACGGCGCGCUUCUGGAACGUGUUCCUGUGGAUCACGCUAAUCGCCGGAUGGGGGAUGAUACUCAUCUUUUACACAGUGGAAUUCUACUCUAGGAUCAACUGCCCCACGUCCAAGAGCGCCCUGGCGGACUUCUUCUUCCCGCGGUCCUUCUCGUGGUCGUGCAAUUCCUUCAGCCACUCCAGCUGGUUCUCGUCGUCCUUCUACAAGCAGAAGCCCUCGCUGACGUGACGUGCACCACGCGUAGGAGUGCCGACGCACCGAGAGACGGACGUGCGAUCAUCAAUGUGUGUACAUUCCCAGUUCUGGCCACCAAGUUGCCUGAACCGUGUAAAUAUGUAGCAUACUCUCCGGAUCACGUGGGGACGACAGUUUUACGGGGCAACUGAGUUAAGUUUCGUGACGUAUUUUAAUAACGUGCUUGUACACAGCCGCGCUUGUUGAAAUCCUAUUUGUAUACCUAUUUUUGAAAGCGUUUUACACGCACUGCUGUGUUCGAAUAAAGUAUUCCAAACCUUC